UGCGAGCCUUGCAUUGCAGGCAAGCAGCGGCGUCCCGACGUGCCCAGGAUUGCCCAGCACCAUGCCUCCAAGCCUCUGGAUCUGCUGCACAUAGACUUGCAUGGUCCUGUGCCGGUCAGGACUCCGGAAGGCUACCGGCACUGGCACCUGAUUGUAGACGACUGA